UGAAAAUGUUGAAGUUGAAGCAACUCUCUAUAGAUCGGCCGACGAUUCAUUCUGUCUUCCCGGUGGCUCUGGCUGCGCUUCUCGUCGUAGGACUCGCACGAUUAGUCUUGGACGAUCUCAAGAGUCAUGGAAGCUUUGUUUUCAAGAUGUAUGGCCGACCGAGAAGCGAAAAGCAUCGACUACCGGUCGUCGUCGCUUCGGAAGAUCUCGUAGAUGAAGAUUGCAACUUGUUUGAAGGGAGAUGGGUGUGGGAUAAUGGAUCAUAUCCUCUUUAUGAAGAAGAGACAUGUCCAUUUUUGGUCAAGCAAGUUACUUGCCAGAAGAAUGGAAGGCCUGAUUCUUUUUACAAGAAAUGGAGAUGGCAGCCUAAUUCUUGCAAUUUGCCAAGGUUUGAUCCAUUGAAGCUGUUGGAUAUUCUGAGGGACAAAAGAAUAAUGUUUGUUGGGGAUUCAAUACAGAGAGGACAGUUUGAGUCAAUGGUCUGUUUAGUUCAAUCCGCCAUUCCCAAAGGAAAGAAAUCCCUUCGAAGAGUUCCUCCCAGGAAGAUCUUUAAAGUUGAGGAUUACAAUGUAUCAAUUGAGUACUACUGGGCACCAUUUAUGGUCGAGUCCAUCUCUGAUCAUGCUACAAACCAUACUGUAUUAAAAAGAAUGGUGAAGCUUGACUCCAUAGCCAACCAUGGCAACCACUGGAAAGGGGUUGAUUUUUUGGUGUUUGAGAGCUAUGUCUGGUGGAGAUACAAGCCUCUGAUCAAUGCCACGUAUGGAUCUGCAGAAGAUGUAAGAGAGUAUAAUGUUAGCACUGCAUACAGAUUGGCCAUGGAAACUUGGGCAAAUUGGAUAGAAUCCAAUAUCAACCCUCAUUCUCAAAGGGUCUUCUUCAUGACUUUGUCUCCAACACAUUUGUGGAGCUGGGAGUGGAAGCCCGGAAGUGAUGAGAACUGCUUCAAUGAGUCCCACCCAAUUGACCAUCCACACUGGGGCACUGGUUCAAGCACUGAGAUUAUGAACAUGGUACAUGAUGUUGUACAACACCUCAAGAAUAUAAAUGUAACUUUACUAAACAUUACGCAGCUAUCGGAGUUUCGAAAGGAUGCUCAUACGUCAAUUUACGGGGAGCGUCGAGGCAAGCUUUUGACCAAGGAACAGAGAUCUGAUCCCAAAAACUUUGCAGAUUGCAUCCACUGGUGUCUACCGGGAGUUCCUGAUACAUGGAAUGAAAUUUUGUACACUUACUUGUUAAGAACCCAUCGAAACCUCUCCUAGAUUUCGAUCCUGACAUUAAAUGGCGAGGAAAUAUUCAAUAAAGUUUCCAUCCACAGUUCCUUGAGGCAAAAGAGAGGAAUAGAAGAGGUAAUUUUGAUGAAAAGUGUAAGUAUAGAUUACAACAAUAGCUAAAGGACAGUUAAUAGUAUACUGAUUUUGCAUAAUGCCUACAAUUGAUUGGUACUCAGAAUAAAAUCAAGAGAAUGUUAAAUUAUCAAUCAACUAAAAAGUCUAAGCUAUACUUAACACUCUGCCUCUGCCUCACAUGUUGUGAGCUUGAAAAUUUUGCACAAAACUCAAUAAAUAGUAGUGAUUACUAUUAAAUGAUGAGGAAAAUGACGUUACAUAGUUCGAAUACAAAACUUCCUACUUAGCUGAUGCUAAAUCACCCAUCAACCCAAAACUUAAGUUAUAUUAAGUUAUAUCUUAACAAAUAGUACUAAACCAAUCCCAACAAUUUUGUUGUAAAAUAUCAAUUCAUAAAAACUAGUUUUCUUGUUUUAUUUUAGAGAAGCUCCCAUUCAGAGUCACCUAAUUGAAUGGUUUGAAAUUUCCUCAAUAGCAUUGUAGUGAAGCAGGCAAACUUCUUCCUUGGAAGCACUUUCUUGCACUGAUUCUAUUUAAAAUA